GCGGAAGUGACGCAGCGCUAUGGCGGAGGCGCCGGGCGCACCGGAGGAGUGCCCCGGGACCGGCAGCGCCCAGGCGGGCAGGGCGGCCGCCUGCCAGGGAUGUCCCAACCAGGGGCUGUGCGCGGCCGGCGCGACCGGGCCGGACCCGGCGGAGGCGGCGGAGCUGCGGGCGCGGCUGCGGGCGGUGCGGCACACGGUGCUGGUGCUGUCCGGCAAGGGCGGCGUGGGCAAGAGCACCUUCAGCGCCCUCCUUGCGCACGGGCUGGCGGCGGACGAGACCAAGCAGGUUGCUCUGCUGGACAUAGAUAUCUGCGGGCCAUCGAUUCCUAAGAUGAUGGGUCUAGAAGGAGAACAGGUUCAUCAGAGUGGAUCUGGAUGGUCUCCAGUGUAUGUUGAAGAAAACUUAGGUGUUAUGUCAGUGGGGUUUUUGCUUAGUAGUCCUGAUGAUGCUGUCAUCUGGAGAGGACCAAAAAAAAAUGGGCUGAUCAAGCAGUUUCUGCGUGAUGUGGACUGGGGUGAAGUGGAUUACCUGAUCGUGGACACGCCCCCAGGAACAUCAGAUGAGCACCUGUCCAUCGUGCAGUACCUCAGUGCCACCCACAUCGACGGCGCUGUCAUCGUCACCACUCCCCAGGAAGUGUCACUUCAAGAUGUUCGGAAGGAGAUCAACUUCUGCCGCAAGGUGAAGCUGCCCAUCAUCGGCGUUGUGGAGAACAUGAGUGGCUUUGUGUGUCCCAAGUGUAAGAACGAAUCUCAGAUCUUUCCCCCGACUACUGGUGGUGCGGAGAAGAUGUGCCAGAACUUAAGUGUUUCUUUCCUGGGUAAAGUGCCUCUGGAUCCACAGAUAGGAAAAAGUUGUGACAGAGGCCAGUCUUUCUUGGCUGAAGCACCCGAGUCUCCAGCUACAUUGUCUUACAGGAAUAUCAUUCAAAGUGAGUCUGAGAAUCACUGUGCAAAUGAAUCCCCUGGGUUCCGAGCACUCCUGCAAUACACAAAGGUGUUAAAUGGGCUUGUGUUACUGUGCCAGAGCUAAUAAAAUCAGGAGAGGUGCACAGCAAUUCUGAAAGUAACAGGUGCAAAGACCGUUUGCUUCUGGGCAUCACUUCUGACUGGCUGCUAAAGUGAUAAAGAAAUUGUAUUUCAUAACUGGUUUCAAUGUUUGACUUCAGAGAAGUCAGACUUUCAUUUUCAGAGAUGGGGUGUCCUUGUGCUCCGAGAAACCUUCUGAGGCUCUCGAGCAGAUGUGUGGAGAGGUGCUCAGCAUAACCCAGUGGGAGGCACCUGACUGACCGAUGCCUCCACUUCUAACUGUAAUUACACAAAAAACCUCUGGCAAAAUCUCCCUAAACAGCUGGUGCUGUGCUGUUUAAAAAUAAUCUUAAAGCCACUUUGCAUGUAAGGAAGGCCCAACUUCAGGUAUUCGUACCCUCAGGGGACAGAUGCAGCAACAACAAAUUCCUGAUGUACAACUGAAAUAGUACUUAUAAUUCUUUUUCUCCAU